AUUGAAAGAGAUUAACAAAUACAGUAACAAAUUAAUUGCUCAUGGUAAGUUCAUGUUGGUUAAUACAUUGACUAAUGUUAACAAAUAAACCUUAUUGUAAAGUGUUACCUAAUUUUCUCUUAAAAAUCUUACCUUCUGUUUUUUUUUUGUUUGGUUGGUUUUUUUGUUUUUGGUUGUUUUUUUCCUUACCUACAGAUGCUGUUGAGUGCAUGUUGUGUCCAGAUGAGUUCUGGUCCAAUCCAGAUAGGAAUCAAUGUGUCCCCAAAGAAGUAGAGUUUCUGUCUUAUGAGGAUCCUCUGGGUAUCUCUCUGACCACUGCAUCUCUGCUUGGCACCUGCUUCUGUGCUCUUGUGAUGAUUGUCUUUGCUUAUCACCAUAACACUCCCAUAGUACGAGCCAACAAUUCAGAGCUCAGCUUUCUGCUUCUGGUGUCACUCAAACUGUGUUUCCUGUGUGUGCUACUGUUCAUUGGUCAGCCACAGUUGUGGACGUGUCAGUUAAGACAUGCUGUGUUUGGCAUAAGCUUUGUCCUGUGUAUCUCCUGCAUCCUGGUUAAGACUAUAGUGGUAAUAGCUGUGUUUAAGUCAUCUCGACCAGAGGGCAAAGGAGCAAUGAAAUGGUUUGGAGCAGUUCAACAAAGAUGCACAGUUCUGGUCUUAACUGCCCUUCAAGUUGUGAUAUGUGCAGUCUGGCUCUCUACUGCCUCUCCAACACCCCAUAAAAACAACCAGUAUAUCCGCUCUAAAAUAGUAUAUGAAUGUGCUAUUGGCUCAGUGGCUGGUUUUUCUAUGCUGCUAGGAUACAUUGGACUGUUGGCAGUAGUAAGCUUCCUUUUAGCCUUCCUGGCGAGAAAUCUUCCAGAUAAUUUUAAUGAAGCAAAGUUCAUCACUUUCAGCAUGCUAAUCUUCUGUGCUGUGUGGAUUGCGUUUGUUCCAACAUAUGUGAGCUCACCAGGAAAAUAUGCAGUGGCUGUGGAGAGUUUUGCCAUUCUGUCUUCAAGUUUUGGAUUACUGGUGGCCAUAUUUGCCCCAAAGUGCUACAUCAUUCUUCUACAUCCAGAGAGAAACACUAAAAAAGCAAUAAUGGGAAGAGAAACACAAAAGAAAUAGUUUUAUAUUAUUUAGCUCCACCAUUUACAGACACAUUUGUGACAGAAUGAACGAAAAAUCAAUAUUAUUUGUUGUACUAUAUAUUUAGUAUUUAUUUUACUAUACAUUUAGUUUACUUCACAAACUGUAUAUUCUAACUCCUAACCCUAAACCUUCUCUUAAACCUACCCAUCACAGAAAACUUUCUGCAUUUUUAUAUUUAAAAAAAAAAAAAAGAAAUCACUCUGUAUGAUUUGUAAGCUGUUUUCCUCAUGGGGAACAAAAAUACACCCACAAGGAUUUUGGAUAUUGCCAUCUUUGUCGCACACGCUUUCAGAUCAGCCGCCAUUGUUGAGUGCAACACCCUGUAACAGUUUCAUGUCAGUUACGUGCAAUUUAUCCUCUGUAAUUCUAUUACCCACCCUGAGAGGGCACCAGUGAGCAACACUCUCAGGUAUAAACAGGUGUGGGCAGUAGAAGUCAGCCUUGUUACUGUAGUUAGCAGAAGUGAUGGGAGAAACUAAGCUUUUCAAAGCUUAAAAUCAAUUGAACCAAUUGCUUCGCAAAAUAAUUCACUGUUUCGAAGCGUUCGGAAUACCACAUAUUGAUGACCCCUGCUGGUCAGAACAGUAUAAAUGCAGCAAAAAUGUUAUGCCAAACAUGCAUAAAAACACCUUUUACAAACCCAUUGCAAAUGUUUUAUUGAAAGUAAAAUCUAUCAAAUGCCAUUAACUAAUCAUCUAAUAAGAUUAAAUAUCAUGUUUCUGUGUAAUGUGUUCUUUUAUCAAUUGUCAGGGCUUGUUUGAUUUGUUUCAUAGAUGGCUCACCUAAACAGGCCAAUAAGAGACAAUUAACCCUUUCGUACGUAAAUUUAAAAUAUUCUGGCUGACCCCCCAACGUGAAUUUUUUAAGGCGACCGUUAUUUAGAACGUAUCACUUUAUUG